AUGUCGACGUUACAUUUUGUGGUUCAUCCGCUUCCGGGAACAGAGGAUCAGCUGAAUGACAGAAUACGGGAAGUGGCGGACAAAAUCAACAAGUUCGGCGUACAAACACUGCCCGGAUUGCAGUCACUGAAAGUGCCGGUUAAGCAAAUCGUAAUUGGCCCCGCCCAUCUCGGCCUACUGUUGGAGGAUGGUCGCGCAUUUCGUGUUGCCUUUUCCAUCAUACCAGAGCGGCUAGAUUUGAGCAAACAAGAUGCUUCAAAGGCUGGCAGUGGCGCCGGCGGUGUGGCUGCCGGCGGUACUGGAGGCGGUGGUGGCGGUGGAGGUGGUGGUGGAGGCGGCGGGAGUGGUGGUGGAGCAGGAAAUAGUGGUGGAGGAGGCGGCGGGAGCGGCGGAGGAAAUCCUUCUGGACAGGCGAAUAAUAAUUCGAAAAGCACUCCCACCUCUCGCCAAUGUCGGUCGCGAGCGAGAAUUAUGCGAACGAGCAGCUCGGUGCGCGCUGGAAGUGGUUCACAAGGAUCGGGAUCCCGCAGCACUGGCGUUAUUAUGGGCGGAGGAUCGUCCGGAAGUCGGUCUAUAGUGUCCGUACCAGCACCAUUCGUACCGGAAGAACUGAUUGCCCAGGCGCAGGUGGUUCUGCAAGGCAAAAGCCGCAAUCUGAUCAUCCGUGAGCUGCAGCGCACCAAUUUGGAUGUGAACCUGGCCGUGAACAAUCUGUUGUCGCGCGACGACGAAGGCGGCGACGAUGCGGAGGAGGGUAGCGAUAACUAUGUGGCAGAAGAUUUGAUAUCUUUGUUGGACGGUGGCUUUCAUCCAGACAACAGUGUUAUCAUCGACGCCGAAGCUAUGUUCUCCGAAGAUGUGUUCGGAUUUUCCAAUAUUAGAAAUUUGAUGCUCUACAGUCGCGCUCGUAGCGAAAGAAACCAAAACAGUUCCACGUCUGCCGGUGGUGGAGCUGGCGGUAGUGGUGGGGGUGGUUCCGGUGGUUCCGGUGGCAACGGAAAUGAUGGAGUUCCCAGCAUAAGCCGUUCCGGUAGUAGCGGUGGCGCCGUCGGAAGCAGCUCCUCGGCCGUUAUUUCCGGAAGCGGCCAAUCAGGAGGCCCUUCGGGUAGUGGAGCGGGAGGAAGCGGUAGUGGCAGUGCCGGGGGACCCUCCGCCAGCGGCGCCGGACUCAUUAAUCCGGAACGUGAAGGAUUCGGUCGCUGGCGGGAUCGACAAUACUUCGGACCACGCCGCUGGCUGCAGAGUGGGGGCCGCGACGAUAUAUGGGAAAAGGAUGUGGGUGACUCCAAAAAGAAGGACUACGCCUCUGGCUACCCACUGUGGGUAUCGGAAGAGUUGGAAGCGUGGCCAGAGAAGGAUCAACCCGUCCGCUUCACGGAGAUUGCAUCGCUCUAUUCGGAGUUUAUUGGAGUGACAGCACGUGGCGAGCUACAUCAGUGGCGCUGGGCUGAUCAGGAACCAUACCGCGGCUGCAACAGCAGCAGCGACUCCUCAUCAACGUCCACUUCCAACGCGACGGUAGUGCAUCAUCCCAAAACUGUGGCCCUCAACCUGCAGUAUGAGAAAGUAACGCACAUUUCCGCUGCGCUAAUUCGGUGCUCGGUAGCAACUGAAGGAGGCCGAAUUGCCACUUGGAUGGACGAACUGCUUGGUUACGCUGGCAACAAGUUGGAACACGUCGCUACCAACUAUCCUGAGUUUGCGCUCGAUCGUAUCAUCUCGCUGCACACUUGCACGCUGUACACAGUAGCACGCACCGAGAGUGGCGAGCUUUUCUGGUGGGGUGUGCUGCCAUUCGGGCAGCGGAAGCGCCUCUGGGAUCGGUACAAGGCGAAGGCGAAAAAACCGGUACGCCCGAGCGUAAACACCCCAGAGGUAACAGUUGGAGCGCAGGUGUGCAUGAAGAGUUGCCCAAUGUAUCAGCACGGGGCGAUCGGGUUUAUGAUCUCGAAUGGGGUGCCCAAGGUAGGGCAGCUCAUGAACGCAGCCUGGGACCUCACAAACGUGUGCCGCUUCAAACUGCUCUCGAUGUCAACACUUUCGCAACAGUUGGCAGCUAGCACCGGCGCUGGUGCAGGUGGUCUCGGAAUUGACAGGCUUACUGCUGUUUCGGGAGGGGGAAUAGGAUCUUCCGGUGCUGGGUCGAAUAUUUCUGGAACACUGGGCCUGAGCAGCGCUUCCGGUGGAGGAGUAGCAGGUGGAGCCGGUGCAGGAAGUACCAUCAGCGGUGGUAUGCUGCUGGAGAAAGACACCAAGGCAGGAAUAGGUUCCACGUCGUCGGGAGCUAGCGGCAGCAAUUCCAGCGCAGGAGUCAGCGGUGUUUCCGGUACGGCUGCGCCAUCCUCGAAACAGUCCGCCGGUGCUGGAAACAAAGAAUCCGCCGAUAGGCUCGAUAUGCCGCCACCGCCUUCGCCUGCUUCUAGCACAUGUAGUGACACGGGUAGUGUCACGAACUCACACAAACGCCCUAAGCGGAUGACAAUGAAAGAAGAACCGGACCCAAAGAAGGACGAAGAACAGUGGUUGCUGAAGGAAGUGAUUUUCGUGGAAGAUGUUCGCUCCGUUCCGAUCGGCCGCGUCUUGAAGGUGGAUGGAGAUUUUGCUGCCGUAAAAUUUCCCCCACCUCCGGGCACAGUACCAUCGUCCGCGGCGUCCUCGAGUAAUGGAGGCAGCAACAGUAAGGACAAGUUUGAUGACAGCAUCGAAGCGUGGCAAGAUUGUCGACUGCUCCGAAAGGACGACUUACAGGUUAUAAAAUCUGCUACGACUCCGAGAGUACCAGACUGUUUCCAGAAGAUCCCGCGACGUAUCGUCCUUAAUCCGACACCUGCGCCCAGCGGUGCUGAUGGCACCGGCGGUGGUGGUGUCGGUGGCGGUGGCAGCGGAAGCAACGUAACCUCACAAAUGUUAACAAUCGCCGUCGAUUCGAAGGGCAUUCACGCAAUAAUGAAAACCGGUAACCGAGUGCAUUAUUCACUGUUUAAUUUGAACACGGGUCGUCAGGAGCAGGACAGCGCCUUCCCAACCGAUAUCGGUUCCUUCCUUGGGGCCUCACCAACCGAUGUCUCGCUAACCUGCGCUGGUGAUUGCUCCGAUUCGGUUUUAUUACUUCGCGAUGGCAACAACACGCUGUACCCGAUGGCGAAGGAUUGUGUCGAUGCGAUUCGUGACCCGAGUUGGCUCGAUCUGCCACCGAUUAAGUGCAUUGCGGCAGCCUCGCUCACGCUUCCGUCGGUCGGUGUCAAUCUGAAAUCACAGGUUGCGCUCGUCGUUCUGGCACCGGAGCAGCAGCAUCUGAUGUCGAAGAUUUUGCGCUGCGAUGUUGAAGGCAUUCGGCAGUUAUUGGCCUACCUGACGGCAGAUGGUGAGUUGAGAGGAGGUCAACUGGCGUCCAUACUCGAAGAGCGCACCGAUGGAAACCGUAACAUCCUACACGCCUGCAUCAGCAUGUGCUCUCCAACCUCGAAUCGUGAGCAUGAUUUGCAGGCGGGAAGCAGUUCUUCGGCGGGUGCCAACACUGGCACUGGUGGUAGUGUAGGAACUCCCAAUGGAGGACCAGUUUCUGGAUUGGAAACGAUCAACGUUAUAACGAAUACGAUAAUGGGCAAUCGGCCAGUGAGUAUUCGAGAGAUAAUGCGACGCAACGUGGCAAACCGGGAGUUAGACGGUGGUUCAAUCGGAGGAAACUCUGGUAGUGUAUCUGUUGCGGGAGGAGGACAGAGUAGUUCCUCGGCACCGCUAGCUGUCCAAGAGGAUGCUUCGGGCGCUGGAAACUCGAUGCCCUUAGUAUAUUGGCCACAGGAAUAUGACCUUACCAUCGGUGACGAAGACAGUCUUGGAGGGUUGAACAAUGCAAUGUCGGGAGGCAACUCGUCUUCGUCGCUGUCUCAGCAUGGAUCUCACUGUCAGCAGCAGCAGCAGAACGCGCAUCAACCGGGUGCGGGACACCACGCGGCAGCAACAGUAUCCAUGUCUCCGCACAUGAACACCUCGGUGGCCACAAAACCGUCGGUGUUAUCCAUCGCCGAAACGUACGUGGCCGAUGCCAACGAACGGCGCACCAACGCGCAGGUGAUCGUACACCUACUUUGCGAAACGCCCGUACUUCAACCGCACCUACGGACGCUGCUGAGCGAAAAGGAUGCACAAGGCCAAACGCCUUUCAUGCUGGCCGUAACUUGUCGUGCCUAUCAGGCCGGCAUUAGCAUCUUUGGGGCUAUUCAACGUCUUGCCAAUGGGGACGCAGAAGUGCGCGAUUCGAUGAUCUUUCCUUCCGGAUCAGCACCCGAUCAGUCGCCGCUCGGCAUUUUGUGCUGCAACGACACCUGCUCGUUCACGUGGACUGGGGCCGAUCACAUCAAUCAAGACAUUUUCGAAUGUCGCACGUGUGGUCUCACCGGAUCACUUUGCUGUUGUACGGAGUGUGCGAAGGUGUGCCACAAGGGCCAUGACUGCAAGCUAAAGCGUACGUCCCCAACGGCGUACUGUGACUGUUGGGAAAAGUGCAAGUGCAAAGCUUUGAUCGCUGGUAAUCAGUCGAAACGGUACGAGUUGCUAUGCAAGAUGGCAAACGAGACCGAUCUAGUGACGCGAUUCAAUUCGCGCGGAGAAUCCAUUCUUCUGUUUCUCAUUCAAACCGUUGGCCGUCAGAUGGUCGAACAACGCCAGUAUCGGGCCACAUCACGCGUUCGUUCGUCGUCAGGAAACGCGCGCAAAACGCCCAAUCUCGAGUCGGAUAAUGAGAUGCCGGAGCACAACUUAGAACCGCCCAGAUUCGCUCGUAAAGCGCUCGAUCGGUUGCUGAACGAUUGGCCUGCUGUCAGGGCAAUGAUACUGACCGGUGCCGAACAAGAGAAGCCUAUCGUUCCGAAUGCCAACAACCAACCAUUCUAUGACGACGACAAUCAGCAGGUGUAUCUGCAGUCACAGAGCGGCACGACAUUGCUGGACAAGUUUACGCACAGCUUGAUCGUGCGCUGCAGCAGCGACCCGUUGGAAAAACUGUUGUCCACGUUGGUGAGCGAACUUCAAAACGAAACUGUUCCGGGACGUACGGAAGAAGCACAAAAAGUAGCGCGCCGAUUCGUGCGGUCGGUGGCACGCGUGUUCGUGAUCUUUAGUAUCGAGCGGUUCCAUUAUCCGGAGAAGCAGAAAAAUUCGACCACGCAGGCCAAGCAUCUUCUGGCGUAUCGGCGCGUGUUUACGACGCUGUUUCGGUUUGCUAUCGAAGAGCUGGUGGAAAUCUCCGAUGCCCUAAUCACACCGGUUCGACUAGGUGUUGUGAAACCGAUCGCGCCAUUUAGCCUUUCGCUAAGUAAUGUAGAUAGUACGGACGAUCUCUUUUCGGUGGAACCGCUAGCGCCACCAUCGAACCGUGCAGGGAGCACCAGCAUGGUCCAGAUCGCAAAUGCAACGGCCAAUGUACAUCUGGGCGUCGAAGCGAUGGACAGCGAGCGUUCAUCGUCUGGUUUUAUUUCGCGCAUCAAUAUUCGGAUGCGAGACAUCGACGACAACAAUGACGCGGACGCGCUUGUGCAAGACGAUGGUGAAACUUCUGAGCAAGAAGAAUUAACCGUCGAACAGCCACCGCCCCGACGCUCAUCCUCACUGCGCCCAGUGACUAGUGCCGUGUCACUCAAUGCCGAGGAGGAAUCACAGGAUCCGCUCCGAAACGAAGAAAACGCUCAGGGUGAGAGCGACAACGAAUUCAACUUUCAUGAGGCCGAAACCGAAUCUGACUCCGACGACAACCAGAGCACACAAGAUGCGCAGCGAAGCGUACAGACUGGUGCUACGGCCGGUUCGGAUACAGGUCUCAACUCGCUCCUCUUUGACAAUGAAGACGAUUCGGGCGACUCUACACAACCGGAUGACGAGGGUUCAGAGGAUGGCGAGAGUGAUGGCCACUCGACGGUUGACUUCAACCUGAACGACGAGCAACUCGAGCGUCGUCAGACUCCUGGAGGAAAUCAGCGUAACAAUCUCGCCCCACAGUCGAUGCAGUGGGCGAUCAGAAGUCGCGACACGAUUGCUCCCGAGCGGGUGAGGUUAGCUACCGGCAGCUCGAACCUUGUGUUUAUCGACCCAAGCACAUUGCGUCGCUCGACUGCCGCCGUAACCGCUGCCCAGCAACAGGAUCCUCCGACGAUGACUACCACGGCCAGUGCUCUGGCACGGGCUUUUGGCAUCAUUUUACGUCAGAUUUCGGAUCUACUCGGUAUGCUACCGACGCCCACGAGCCUGACCGGAGCGCUUGAUGUGACGCAUCAAGAAGCCGUUCAGCUUCAGAUGUUCGUCGAAAGGCGUCUGAAACCGACCUGGGACUGGAUACUGACGGUAAUGGAAGCCACAGAGUCGCAGCUGCGAUUCGGCGCUUCCCUUACCGACUCUACCGAUCCAUCACAUCCGUUGCAUCCACUUAACAUACCGACGGCCGGUUCUAGUAGUAGUGAAGGGGUUUCCACACCUGCCGCAAUGAUCGGAGUACCGGGCAGUAGAAGCAGAGCGACAAUCAGUACGCUCGGUGCAGCGUCCACUGCACGUAGUCUAGGAUUUGCCGAUAACGAACGCAGCGGGCGCGAUGGUGGUUCAUCUUCAACAGCUGAUUCCGAGUCGAGCCGGCGUGAUUUCCUCACGUACUGCCUGUCGCUGAUGCGUGGUCACAACUCGGAGCACCGCGAUUCGCUCCCGGUGCUGGACGUGACGGCACUACGUCACGUGGCCUACGUGUUGGACGCGAUUCUCUUCUACAUGCGUGCUUCUAACGAAUUCGACGUCGAUCGUGCGGCUGCUGCUUCUGGUGCCUGGGACGAUCAGGAUGAAAAUGACAACGAAGAAGCCGAAGAGGAAGUGACUCCGAUCGUGAUGGAUACCGAUUCAGUGGAAGACGACGUCCUAACGCGUCCGUCGCUCGGUCGGCGCCAUUCGUUUUUCCAGCGUUCGGAUUCGACAUUGUGUCUCGGCUGUCCGGCACCUGACCCGUUCAACAUUUCGCUCGCAGAAGCGCUUCCUCUAGCUGAUCAGCCCCAUCGGUUGCAGCCGAACGCGAAGCGCGAAGAUCUUUUCGGCAUGCCAAAACGGCCGAUAACGCUGCCCCCGAACGGUGGUGAUCAAUCGUCGAUGGCGGGCAAGACACUAACAUGCGAAGGCGAAGGUAGCGGCAUUUCCGGUGCCAAUCUUGAACUUCCUCCGGUCCGCCUAAGCCUCUCUGCUUCGAUACGUAGCGAAGUGAGUGCUUCCAGUACCACCGCGGGCGCGAUGGACUCUACCGAUGGGAUCCCAUCGUACGACGUGGAGGGACAGGACGGUAGAAUGCCAGCAUCUCCUGCACCACCUCCACCGCCAGCCUCAGACUCUUCCAGGGUGCGGGUUGAAAUUUCCCUCCCCGUAGGAAUUUAUCAAGCCACAGAGGCUGCGGCUGCUGCUGCAGCAUCCUCGUCCAGCAGUAAGUCCUCCGUCGAAACGGAGGCAGCCAGUGGCAGCAGCGGUAAUGCAUCAAAGCCGCCUGGUGGUGUUGACAUGCAACAAUCGCCAAAACCACCGCCACCACCACCUCCGCCGACUUCCUCCGUAGCGACGAUGAUUACGGCCGGUACUAGUGGUAGUAGUAGCGGUGGUGGUAGCAACGGUGGGAGCAACAGCGGCAGCUCGUCCUCGUUUACCGAGAUGUACUACAAGAAGAAUCGCCUCUACUACGUGAAGAACAAGUACAGCGAAGAGUCCGACGUCGAUGAAGUGAGUAUCAGCUCCGAGGAGCCGCAGGACUUGUCGCAAUCGUCGAUUAAAAUCGAUGUCGAUACGGAUCAGGAUCACGACGAGCUGUCGGAAUCGGACUCGGAAGACUCGCGCCUCAAUCAGACGCCCAUCAAGCGCCCGAAGCUGGAAGAGACUACGCACGCGGCUGGAGAUGAGCACCCAUCGGGUAGCAGCAGCAGCAGCAGUGUGCAGGGCGGAGGUGCACAAAUCCUAGGCGGAGAAGUUGCUGGAGGACAACAGCAGCCACUACAGGAGCCCCUGUCCGCAAUCAGACCACCGAUCAUAGUCACCCGUCGGAAGGCAGCUGUAGCGGCUGCUGCAGCCGGUGACCCGCUAGGCACAUCCGAUGGCGUGUUAAUGGUAAAUUCGGUACCAGAACACGUUGCUGGUGGCAGCGGUGGUACAUCGGCCUCGGGUUCUGGCCACUCGGUGUCUUUCGCUAACCCGCUUGUGACCGUCGUGGCGACAGGAGGCAACUCGGGAGCCCCAGGAUCAUCGCCUGGCAAGAGUGUGAUCGUUCGUGCAGGAUCUUCCGCUCCGUCUACGGUAUUUGCUGCAAACAGCGCCAUUGGCAGUGGCGGUACGUCUGUUAGUGCGGGCGAACUACUGCAGUCGGGCGAAGCUAUGGACAUUCAGGAGAUAUCGGCGCACGUCACCGUCGAAACCACGCCGACCAUGGUGCCCGUUUCGGUGCAACCCGAACUACCACCUCGCGGGCUCUACCUUCGAGGAGCAUCCACCCAACACACGCCCAUCUUUUCCGACAUUUUGCUGGGUCGCUGGCGCCUGUCUUUGAUUUUGUUCGGUCGUGUCUUCCUAGAGGAUGUGGGGGUCGAGCCGGGCAGUGUGAUCUACGAACUGAAUGGUUUUCCGGUGAAAGAGGCCAAAUUUCGUCGUUACAUGGAGAAGUUACGGCACGCCCAACAGAAGGACCUCGCCCUACUGAAGAUGGAACGUAACCGGGCUGCACUGCUGACGCAAACGUUUAAGGAGCUAAACACGUUGUACAACAAUCGACGCGUCCAGCAGCCGCUCGCGUUCAGUAGAGUGAAGGUGACAUUCAAGGACGAACCAGGCGAGGGAUCGGGUGUGGCACGAAGCUUCUACACCGCCAUUGCUGAAGCGUUGCUGGCGAACGAGAAGCUUCCGCCUCUGGAUGCGGCCCAAACCGGACCGACAAAGUAUGGUGCUGGUCCGUUCAAUAGUAUGCUACAGAAGCAUCGGGGCAGUGGCGGCGGAACUAGUGGAGCCAUCGGAGUAAGCAAUUCUGCCGGCAGUGGCAGUGGCGGCGCCAAUGCUGGAAGUAGCAGUGGUAGUAGUUCGCGACGAGGACUUUCUAGCAAGCAACCGCUCUGGCGGCCAAACCGCGAACCUCGCAAAACGCUAAACUACGACGCUCGGCCUUUCCGACCGUCAAUUGAGUUAAACGCUGCAGUAGCAUCGGCUGGUGGUGUAGGAGGAUCCGGUGGCAGCUCGUCUGCUGUCGGGGGAAACAGUAGUCCACCGUUUUUGCAUGUCUCCGAUGGCUUGUCGGUACAGCAGCAGCAACUAGGAGAACGACUUUACCCGAAGGUGCAACAGCAGCAUCCAGCGAAUGCUGCCAAAAUCACAGGCAUGCUCCUGGAGUUGCCUCCCACUCAGGUGCUUCUACUGCUCGCGUCCGACGAAAGUUUGCGCCAAAAGAUUAGUGAAGCGCUCGAGAUCAUUGUGCAACGGCAACGACUGGAAAUGGAGGGAGCUCUCCCGAACGGUAACGGGGCUGGCCAAACGACUUCCUCCACGGGUGGCGCUUCCAGUGGAUCUUCGCUUGUUAGCAUGGCGCCCGCUGGCAGCAGCAGUAGUGCCAACGCCGGUCCUGCGGGUCCAUCAUCGAUUGGCGGCAACUCGAUCAGUAGUGAUUCAAGUGCGGCUGGUGUCGGUGGGCCGACCGGUUCACUGCUAUCGAAAAAGAGCACCGGUAACACUUCGAUGCUGAUUCUCGACGACUGCCAAUUGGACGCUCCUCUGUUCUACACCCCCGGGAAACGAGGAUUCUACAGUCCCCGUCAGGGCUAUCCAUCGAGCGAGCGUAUCAAUGCAUUCCGCAACGUCGGAAGAUUGAUCGGAUUGUGCUUGUUGCAAAACGAACUGUUUCCUCUGUUCCUUCAACGCCACGUACUGAAGUUCAUCCUGCGGCGACAGAUCCGCUUCCAUGAUCUGGCGUUCUUUGAUCCGGUUCUAUAUGAAUCACUUCGUCAACUCAUCAAGGACUCCCAAACCAGGACUGGGAGUAGCACACUGCAGAGUCUGGAGAUUAACUUUGUGAUUGAUCUGAUGCCAGAGGAAGGGUCUGGCACGGUGGAGCUCGUCCCAGGCGGGCGCGAUAUGCAAGUAAACGAAACCAACGUCUUCGACUAUGUACGCAAGUACGCCGAUUAUCGUAUGAUCACCACGCAAAAGAAAGCACUGGAGGCCAUCCGUUCCGGUGUGUUCGAUGUGCUGCCCGACACUGCGCUCGAUCAGCUGACUGCGGAAGAUUUGCGGCUGCUGCUGAAUGGCGUUGGUGACAUUCACGUUGGCACUCUAAUCUCCUACACGUCGUUCAACGAUGAAUCGAACGAGAACAGCGAUAAGUUGAUCAAAUUCAAACGCUGGCUCUGGAGCGUCGUGGAAAAGAUGAGCAACUUGGAGCGCCAGGAUCUGGUAUACUUCUGGACCGGAUCACCCGCACUACCAGCGUCCGAGGAAGGCUUCCAACCGAUGCCAUCAGUGACGAUUCGACCGGCCGACGAUGCCCAUCUGCCUACGGCCAACACCUGUAUCUCCCGGCUGUACAUACCGCUGUACUCGAGUAAGGCGGUUCUACGGCAUAAGCUGCUGCUGGCGAUCAAAACGAAAAACUUCGGGUUCGUUUAAAACGCACGCGUUUUCCUCUUUCCUUUUCUUCGAUUAUCCGAUUUGUUCUUUAUGGAAUGUAGUCCGUAAUUGUUUACGAAUUCUUUUUGUUUUCAUGUUAUGUUCUAUGCUUUGAUUCUUUUUGCUUCACAUUACUACGGCACAUGUUCUGGGCCGGUUUUAGAUGUAUGUAAAACAAAACUAUUCUUUCGGAUUAGUCGUAAGAAAGAUGAAACAAAAGAAGCCUAGCGGUAGAGAGUGUAUAUUUAGGUGAUACUAGUAUAAAUAUUCAAUGCCGGCGAAUUGGCAAGAGUGGCGAGCAGAUUACACCUGUAGGGUGCCACAACUGUCUCAGAUGCAUGAAGGACGGUGCGUUGCAUAAUAGGCGAUAUUUUCAGUUUUGGGGACAGAAAACCUUCCGAUGGAAUUGAUAGGAAGAGAACAUCAGUAAUGCUAUAACAGACGCCUGGCAUAAACUCUCUCUUAUGGAAGAUCAUAAUUCAAUUGUUGGCAAGAAGAGAAGUUGUUUGGAUUAUUUGUUCUUUUUUAUUUUGCUCAGUCAUGUUUUGUCAAUUGGACUAUAGAGGUAUGGUUUGUUUACUAAAAAUGGAUUAAACGCGAGGUAAGAGUAAAGAAAUAAUAGCGAAGUUUAGGAAAACGCUGCCACCAUGUCCGAAAAGAGCGUUAUGGUGAAUGAUGAUAAACAGUGAACUAUACGAAGUAGGCGCGGACUAGAGAAGAAAGGAAAUAAAACACAUAGCUAUGAAGCGAAAAAUAAUAAAUUACUAUUACACUACUCCUAGGGAAUAAAUAGCAUGCAAAUAUCAUAACAAAACGAUAUCUAUAAAUAUAUACAUAU